CAAAAAACCGUAUUUCAAAUAAUCCCGCAAUAAUGUAAAUCUUCAGAAAUACUUAAUCAUUUCCUAACCUUGCCAUUGUACUUUGGCAUGAGUUAGGGAACAACAAACACAUAGUUACGACUUCCUACUACAAAAUGGCCGAUAUCGCAAAAGAGUAUUUAGAAAAUUCUUUAGACCGCUCAAUAAUUGAACAGCGUUCAUACAAUAACCCAAAUGAUUUGGACACCCGGCAAACAUUGCAGGAAUCAGAGAGCAUGGUCACAAACUCAUCUUCAUAUGUUUUGGCACGUGACGACAGUCACCUCAGUAGAGAGGUUGACCGGUGGAUCAGGGGGUCAGCAGACUCUAAUGUGAAUGGGCUUCAAAACCGCAGGCCGCCUGUCAUACAAAGGUCAACUCUCACAUCACGGAAUUCCAGGCUAAGUUCAAGCUUCUGGUACAUCGCUGCCUUGCUCCUCCCGUUAUUCAGCGCAAAUAAUUCCUAUUGGAGAUGCACGCCAAGUGCAAUAUUAAACACAGCAGAGUUACUCGUAGUGCAAGUUGGACGAGCUUGUAGCCGAGUGAGAUGCCACAUCCAAAGGUUAGCUCGCAACCAAGCCUCAAGGGAAAUCUUUGCGACGUUCAUGGACAUCAUUUUAGUGGUAUAUGCUGUUGGCUUUCUGAUCCUAUCGAUGUACCAAGCGUCUCUCAUUGGAUAAAUGUACGUUAUAAAUUAUUAACAAAAUAUCAUAGUGAAUUACAGUGCUUGCAAAAUA